GAUAAAAAUCAGGCAACAAAUGAGAAGCCAGAAAAAAAACGAAGAAUUACACAGGCUUGCAUUAUCUGUAGAAAGAAAAAGAUCAAGUGCGAUGGCACAAAGCCGGAAUGUCUUCAUUGUCAAGAAGCAAAAUUGCAAUGUCAAUAUACAGAAUAUAAGAAAAGGGGUCCUCAUAAAGGAUAUGUUCGUUUAUUAGAAGAACGUUUAGCACAACUUGAGAAAAGGCUC